AUGAAAGAGUGGAAUGCACCGUACAACCAAUUGGGUCCUCUUGCCAUCCCUGGUUAUGGAGGUAGCGGCCUUUACGAUAAGUGCAAUGGGCCUCAUGGACAGAAGCUCCAGAACCUCGACGUCAUCAAGUGUCAGCAGACCGCCAACAAGCCAACGAUAUGCCGCGAAUUUGAUAAAGUCUAG